GCGUAAUUGAUUUUUACUCCCGCCUUUUCCCUACCGGUCUCCUACCUCCCUUGUCCCUCCCUUUGCCCUUCCCUUGUCCUAAACCCCCACCUUCCGGCUCCGCCGGCUUCAUCCUGCUGCUCCGGCAGGGCUGUGCACCUGCCGCAGCUCAAAGAGCUCCAGGGAUGGGGCUCUUCACCAAGAAACAUCGGGAGUCAACCUUUGGCAGCGCUCUUGGGCAGCCCCACACUGCUGCAGCUGCCAGCACCAGCGCCCGUGGGCAUCAGGAGCCAGAGCAGAGCAAGCUGCACCGCGCGGCUGCCAGCGGUCACCUGGCCUGGCUAAGGCAAUGGCGCUGGUGGAUCAAGGUUUGGGGCGUCGACCGCCGUGACAGCGAGAAUCGGACACCUCUCCAUCUGGCGUGUGCAAACGGCCACACAGCAGUUGUCAACUUCUUACUCGGGCUGCACUGUGAGCUGAAUCCUGUUGAUAAUUUCAUGAAAACACCACUGAUGAGAGUAAGUGAGCUAUGACCUGCUCUUGGAAGUGGGGC